UUGCAUUGUAGAUUAGCAUUUGCGCCCGGAAGUGGAGGGUUCGGUGAGGUUUCGCCGUUUCGCUGAGAGCGCGUCUACGUCUUUUUCCUGUUCGUUUGUCGAGUGUACAAGAACAAUACCAAAAUGGCCAAGCGUACCAAAAAGGUUGGAAUCACUGGAAAGUAUGGGACCCGUUAUGGUGCUUCCCUUCGUAAAAUGGUCAAAAAGAUGGAAAUCACCCAACACAGCAAGUACACUUGCACGUUUUGUGGAAAGGAUGCCAUGAAGCGAAGCGUAGUUGGAAUUUGGUCCUGCAAACGAUGCAAAAGAACCGUUGCAGGUGGCGCUUGGGUAUACUCCACGACAGCAGCCGCUUCAGUCAGAUCUGCAGUCCGUCGAUUGCGCGAAGUUAAGGAACAGUAAAUCUACAAAAUAAACUUGUUUUUCAAGUA